AUGAUCAGUACCUUACUUUGGUUUGUAUUCAUUAUUUUACUAGCACUGUUAGCAACGUUGGCCAUCAAAUUCAUCGUGAGUUUGAAACUUAAUUAUUCGGUUGGACAUCAAGAUGAAGGUCAACUCGGUGAAAUCAAAAAUCACAAGUUUCAGACGUUACGAGUGAUUCUUGCUAUCAUCUUGUACCUGCCAAUCUCGCUGUCAAUUGUGUAUUGUUUGCUUCGACAGCCUCCGAUCCGCGGUAGUGCGGUAAAAAGCCACAGGUCGUAUUUUUUGAUGAAAUUUUGACAGAAAGUAGCGUUCACCGGGAAUAUCACUAUCGGUGGAGAUGGAGGUUCACACUGGGGCGAUACGUUGCGGAACACUAUCGAAGCUUUCAACAAAGUAACUUUUUCGAGAAAAUCAGCUAAACUUAGUAUUUAGUCGAAAAAAGAAGGCGGUGACUUCAUCCAGAUGGACGUUCAGAUAACUUUAGAUUCCAUUGGAGUAGUGUACGCCAACGGAACAGCAGGUGAUGGUUUAUGUGAAACUCUAAGAACGUCCGAUUACAGUUUCAAUUGCGAAUGAAUCUUUCACAAUCGCUGAGACCAACUGGGCCGAUUUGAAAAGAGUGAGGCUGAUGGAAUCGGGGUGAGCUUCAACAAAAAUGAGCUGUGAGGAUGUCGCGUUACUGGAAGUAUCAAAAUGCUCUGAAAUUUGGCAGAGUCAUUUUUCGAUAGGCCAGAUGAUAAUACUGACAGUUUCAAUUAGAGUAGCCGUCUACUGCUAGAAAACUUUAAAUUUCCAGUCUAGGGGCCCCAGAUUGACAAAGUUUGUUCUGUAGAAAUGAGAGAUACAAGAGUUUUUAUUGUUCCAAAUAUUUUUAUAAUGGGUCAUGCAGAAAAAUUUUCACUCAAUUCUCAAAUUUUUUUGACAAAAAAAGUUUUGUGCUUCAGUUUAUUUUGCAAAUAUUCGUUACGGAAAUGAAUAUCUCAAAAUAGCCUUGGUUUUUGUGUUCUAGAAUCUUCAAGAUCAUUUAAAAUAAUUUUCAAUUUCAGAAAAAUCAUGAGUUUGGAAGAAGCGCUCCAAUGGGCAGAAGAUAACGAAAUGAGAAUGUUGUGGCGGCUCGGAUCAUUCAAUACAAACGUAGAGGAUUUUUGAAAAGUUACAAAAACUUAAAACUUACAGCUCAUCAAAGUUCUGAGCAAAAAACUUGCGGAUUCAAAUCUGCACUCUCGUGUCGCCAUAACUUCUUCCAAUCCACUCGUCGUUUGGUUCGUCCGCUUCAACGAUCCAGCGGCUCUGACAGGUUAGAACUGUUCCCAUAAAAUUGAGUGUUGAACUAAUAAAGAAAUCAAGGCUUUUCCUGGGGCUCCAACCAUUUCUCUUUGACGAAUGGAUUUCCCACCGGAGGGAUCGCUACUCAGUGGUUUUUCAACUUUGCUGAUGCUGUUUAUCAUUGGGGAACUCGGUAUGGUUUCGAAUCAACUUUAGUUUAUCAUCCUUGAUUCAGUUCGAUGCUUCUUCCGGGGUUCAUGGGAGUCGAUUUGCUUCUGACCAGCUGCUCGGACGUCGAUGAGUUCGUUAAUAUUCUGUGUUUGAAAAAUCUUUGAAACGUCUUUUUUUACGAUUUAUCAAAAAAUUUUUUUACAGUUUCCUUUAUUUUUUUGUUGAAUUUCGAAUUACCGAGAAAUUUUUUUAUUUUUUUGCUUUUUAAGUCAAGUGAAAAUGGGUUUAAUCACUGAUCAAUGUUUGAAUGAGUAUACUAGAAGUUUUAAUUCGCGAAUUUAUCUGAUUUAAAAUGUGAAAACCCCAUCUUUUUGAAUAACCCGUUUUAAUAACAAUUUUCCUCGCGAAGCGUUUUUCGCAGAUCAAAUUUUUUUGAAAACGAAUUUUUUUUCUACUUAUGAUUUCACUGUCUUCUUUCAGACAACUUGUAGCUGACGCGGCAACUGAGUCGAUACAAGUCGUUGUUUCGGGCUGCACAAACAGGAGACAACUCGCCUACAUGAGAGCUCAACUGUCAGCUCCAGUUCUUCUUGAUGAUGUCCGUCUUGCAACAAUGAUGUUGUCUUUAAUUCAGUACUCUGUUGAAAGUCUUCUGUGUUUAACAUGA